AUGUUAUGGCCUAACCCAAAUAGAGCAUUCGAAUUCAAGCUAAACAAGGCCAAGCAAGCCGAAGAAAUAAGAACCGCAAAAGAGCAGCUUAAGAGAUACAAAAAAGAAAAAGAAGAGCAAGAAAAAGAGCAAUCCCAACUCGCCAUUGCUCAUUAUUUAAAUGUUGAAGAAAAAUACAUUGAAGAAUUGCGAAAGCGCUCAAAAACCAAACUAAAUCGACUAAAAAAUCACGUAUCUUGGGCUGGAGACAACAAAAAGUCCAAAGACCUGAUUUCUUCAUCAUUAGAUGACUCUCAAAAGCAAACUGACACAUUUAGAAAGCUAACACAACGACAUAAAGACGUUUCCAUACAAUACGACACUCCCCUCAAUCUCUACAAAAAUAAAGCUACUGAGAUGUACUUCCCAUCAGAGAAGUCCAAUUUAAACUCUUAUUUAAAUAACGAAGCUUCCACAAAUGAAACAGAAAACACAAUUCGCCUACGCAGAGAAGGCACUGAGCGCUUACAUAGAAAAAGAAAAAAUCUUACCCCUCCUGUGAUUUUGAAGCAAAUUUCUAAUGAUAUGAUGUUUGUGCAUGUGAUUAAUGAUAGGAGUCUUUCAAUUGAGGAUAAAAAUUAUCACGAAAAUUCACAGCUUCAUGUAUUCCGAGAUUUAGAGUUUGAUAACUCAAGUCGAAAAAUUUUCUCAAUUUUUUUAUCAGAUUUAAUUUGAAUUAAAAAUAAAUUUAUGUUUUUAGUAGAUAUAUUACGAUCAAUGGUCAAAUAUAUUAUAUGAUGCGUUUCAAUUAUUUCUUAUCAUGCAUAUGCAUGCCAUUUUGAAUUUGGUAUGUGGAGACCAAAUAUAGGUUUCAAAAUGCAGAUUUUAGCAUGGCAAAUUCAUAAUUUGAAAUUCAUAUGAAAAUGGUGUGUAUAACGGCCAUAAGAAAUUUAGCCAAGGGAUUAUAUAAAAAUGGCUACAUUAAAAAUUUUUUGCUUGGAUAAUUCUGAUUUUUCAUGCUCAUUUAGGGGAGUAAGUAAAAUAUAUUUAGAGGACUUAAAAAAAGCAGUGAAAGGCUGCAAAAAGAAAGAGAGUAUUACAGUAUGGUAAGACAAAGCUUUCCUCCGGUGCCGAAUAUUAAAAGUAAGAUGGAAGUUUUGCUGAGAUCUCAAAAACCGAUUUCGCCGAAAAGAAUAAAAGAUAUCAAGAAGAUAAAAAUUUCAGUCCUUUCUAGCAUUUGUAAUUAG